UUUUCUUCUAGAGUCUAUCCCUUUUUUUCCUUUUUAUACUCACUGGGUUUUAAAAUAAGUUAUUUUACUGUAUAUGACUUCCAUAGUUCCUCCACCACUUGGACUAGGAAGGCCAAGUCAAAAGAGUAAAAGAUAUAAACUAAAAAUUAUUCAAAAUCCUAUAAGAGCAAGAAGUUGCGGUUUUGGAGAAAAGGACAGAAGACCGAUUGAUCCACCCCCUAUUUUACAACUCUUUAUAGAAGGAAGUGAUGGUAUAUUACAGAAUGCAGUAGAAGACACCAGUAAUGUGUCUUUGUUUGUAGUUCAAUGUGACCUUUAUUCUGAAGAUGGUCAGGAUCAUCGAGGUCAUGUCUAUAAUCCAUCCAGCACAGUCAAUGCCAAUGACUCUUCAAAGGGUACACUCGUUUCAUUUGUGGAUCCACAGCCUAUACGUUCAUUGAUGGGUGCUGUCGUAUCUAACGCUUAUCAGUUGAAUGAUGAACAUGAUCAACCGGGCAUAUUCUUUGUCUUUCAAGAUUUAUCCGUUCGAAUUGAAGGCAAAUUUCGUUUAAAGUUUGUCUUUAUGAACUUGGCUGCAGGGUACAGACUUGUCUGAAUAUUAGUUAUUUAAGACUGAGAAAUAGUACAACUGUAGGGAUCCUUUAACAAUGAGUACUGAUAUUUCUGAUGUGGUCUUUUCUGAUCCAUUCACUGUUUAUUCUGCAAAAAAUUUCCCUGGAAUGACAGGUACUAUAAAAAUAGAGCUUCAUGAAUAAAUCUUGACGAUUUAUAGACUCUACGCCUCUCUCUCAAUGCUUUGCUCAACAAGGCAUCAAGAUCUCCAUUCGUAAAGGUAGAAGAAUACGUCGCUUAGUGCCAACAUCAGAGGAUUGUACAACGGAACAAGACCAAAAAAGGAAAGAAAAGGAACUAGAAGAAGCUAAACCAACUUAUAAGAGGAUUGAAAUCUCUUCUUUUUUGUCCUCUUUUUAAUUUAUUGUAUAUAAAA